UGCUAUUUUUUAUUUUUAAGACCACAUAAUGUCACCUAGAAAAAAUACCAAAAAGCUAAACAAUACCAAAUCUUGUUUGGAAACUGCGAAUGUCAGCAGCCCUACAGAGAACUCAGCUCCUGUGGUUGAAAAAUUGAGGCGGUCAGGAAGGAAGCGAAAAUCUAAGAAGUUUCAGGAUGAUGAUCUUCAUUCAACGAGUAACACUUAUUCAUAUGAAGGGAAGCAGUCAAAAGCUGAUGAAUAUGGGACUCUGAAAAGCAAAGUCAAGAGUGCUAAACAAACGGACAAGGUAGAAAAUCAUGGAUUGUACGGAAUUAAACACCAAAAUGAAACAAUGAGCAACAGAAACGUAUUUGCUUCCCUGAGAGAAGAUACAAACACAUCAAAUACCGAAAAUGGAGAUGCACAACAGCAAUCUUUGAUUCCCAGCAAUAUAGAUAUUGAUGAAGAAUUGACAGGCGAAAAGGAUGACACAAUCUUAUAUUUGAAUUACCGGUACUCUAAAUUUCCAAGAUCCGAGGAAAACGAAAAGUACAAAGAAGUAUACGAUUGCAUUCCAAAGUUGCGAAGUUCGUCUCCCCCGAGAUUCACAACGAAGGGAGUAAAGAGGAAUCCUAUUGAUCAUGAAGCACUGGGUGUUCGCAAGCUCGGGAAAACCCUCGGAAAUCCCUUUUCAACUCAUGGGCAAAAGAGAAAUGGGGUCGUUUUCGGAAACAGAGAAUUAGUUUCCGUAGAUGAAAAAUUAAAAUAUACAGAAGCGGCAAGUAACAUCAAACGGAUCAUGAAGGACAAAUGUAAGGACGUGAGAUUCAGUAGUUACGUUCAACCAAAAAUAUUCGAAGAAGCGAGGGAUAAAUUUUCUGCUAAAAGAAAGCGCAAGCCAAAACCUCAUUCCAAUGAAGAAGAAGAUGAAGUGGACAUUGAAACGGUGGACGACAGUUACACCAUUGUCCCGGAAGUAUUAAAACGAUCACUAACAAAAGCGAAGACGGGACGAAAACCAGGCCGAACAAUAUUAGAAUGCGAAGACUGUGGAUAUAAAACUACACAUAGUGGUCACAUGAGGACACAUAUCAUGUGUGUGCAUAAAGAUCUAAAACAACAUGAGUGUAAAUACGAAGGAUGUGAUUAUAAAUGUUCACGUAAAGGAUCCAUGACACGUCAUGAAAAAUGUGUCCAUCGUAAAGACAAAGUAUUUAGAUGUGACAUGGGAAAUUGCAAUUUCGAAUCUGCUUGGUACAUCAGUCUCGAACGUCAUAUUGUCACAAAGCAUGAGAAACUACGACCUUGGACUUGCCAGAUUUGUCAAAAAUCAUUCGGUCAGCAAUAUACACUGGAUUCACACAUUAAUUCGGUGCACAGGAAACAGAAAAGAAUUAAAUGUGCUUUCUGUACUUUCCGUUCCUGCCUAAAAUUGUCGGUAAGAGUUCAUAUUUUACGAAAACACAAAGAUAAAAUUUCUGAAGCUAUCAACGAGGCAGAGGAAGAAAAUAAUGAAGAAACUGAAGAUCUAGUUGAUUACACGAAUGAACAAAAUGAUUAUGAUGUGACAAUGGAAAACGAAGAACAAGAGUGUGUAUAAUGUAAGCAGGUGGAUGAGGACAUUAUUUUUAUGUGUUUGAAACUUCACCUAAUUCAUAUGGUAAAGCUACCAGGAAUUAUAGAUAUUGAGAGUUGAGACCCAAAUAUGUAUAUGGUGUUUUGGUCGUUGUGACGUUUUGAGCGAAAUUGUAGCUGCUGAACACUUGCUGAAAAAUA